AUGUCACAAAACACUACGACCACAGUACAGGAGCUACGCCUGGGCACCCGCAAUUCCAAACUGGCACUAGUACAAGCGGAGCAUGUUUCCAAGGAGCUGACCAGUGCUCACCCCGGAGUCCAGUUUCCCUGGCAAACGGUGGUGGUGCGCGGCGAUGCCGACAAAAGUAGCCCUUUCCUGAAAUUUGCAGGGCCAUCCGACGCAGCAAAGAACAUCUGGACCGAAGAGAUGGAAACCAAGCUGUGCGCAGGAGAGCUGGACCUCCUCGUGCAUUGCCUCAAAGAUAUGCCGACGCGUCUACCAGAAACCUGCACACUAGGGGCCAUUGUUUAUCGGGAAGAUCCCACUGAUGCGUUGGUGAUAAAGGAGGGGCUGCGGUCGCAGUAUACGGAUCUGAGUCAACUGCCCCCCGGUUCUGUGGUGGGCACUAGUUCCACUAGACGGAAAGCCCUACUUCGAUACAGAUACCCGCAUUUGAAAGUGGAGGAAUGCCGCGGGAACCUCGGAACACGGCUGAAAAAGCUAGAUGACCCAGAAGGUCCAUUUUCGGCAAUCAUCCUGGCCACGGCCGGUAUGGUCCGCAUCAAUCUGGAAGAUCGCAUUACGAAACGCUUGCCUCCCUCGGAGUUCCCGUACGCUGUCGGUCAGGGCGCCCUGGGCAUUGAAAUCCGCAAGGAGGACGCCCAGACAAAGACCAUGGUUCGAAAAAUCGAAGACCUGGUUACCCGUCGGAUCUGUCUGGCAGAGCGGUCACUGCUACGCACUCUUCAGGGCGGCUGCUCGUCUCCAGUCGCAGUACAUUGCACUGUUGAGCAGGCACCAACAGCUUCCUCGCCAGCUCAAUUGCGACUAGAUGGUACUAUAAUUCAUCCCCACGGGACAACUUUGCUAUCUGAACGGACGACAGCGGAAGUGGGAACGGACGAGGAUGCCGAGGCGUUGGGUGCUACGGUCGCUCAGCAAUUGUUGAAGAAUGGCGGACAAGCAUUGCUGGAAGAGAUUCGUCUGUUACAAGAGACCAUUGCGACAGAUGCAAAAUAG